CGCGAUUUCUUCGAGCUUCUCUCCGCGGUGUGUCGCACAGUGGAGCACCAAGCAGCCUCACUCCCCGCCACCCGCUUUUCUCGCGCCUGGCAGACUGGACGCUGCGGUGACGUGCUGGUCCUCGAGAGAGUCAGAGGCAAACACACCGCCGUCCUGUCGCGUUGUACGGGCUCUGGGGUCUUCCUGUUGUAGUCGCGCGUGCCUGGUAGGCGAUCUGUGUAUCUCCUGAGCUAGAUGCGGCAACGGACGAACCGUUCGGCCAACCCGUUUACUUUGCCAGAGACAUUUCCAACACUUUCGGAGGCAGACCUUUCUCCGGUUCCACAGCGCCCCUGCUGCUUGCUGCGCGCGCGCCACGUUUCGCCGCUUUGCACCCAUAUAUGUACUAAGCGUUGUGCUGUUACUCCCCCCACUUACUUCUCUUCAGUUGCCUGCUUAAUGCUGGUGGCAGUCGAGAGCGGCGCCGCCAAAUACGAGUUUGCCUGAAUCGCGGGGGAGGAGGGAGCUUCGCCUCCACAAAAUCCACUGACUCUUCGUGUCUGUGCACACCGAAUGUGCUCCUCGGGAUGCGUUUCGUCCGCCGUGCGGCAGUUAACGGAACCUCGGAUCUCCCGCCCGUCUCGUCUUUGCUCCCUUUCAAAAUACCGUCGAGCGACACACCGCCGCUCUCGUCUCGGGUUUUUCUCCCACUUCCGCGCUUCUUUCCCGAUGAGAUACACGUUGUCAACUUGCCUAUUUCCAAUGAGCUGAGUCAAGUCCACAGCACUAUGCAGUUUAGGUGUAUGUACACCUCUCGCAUGCGCCGUACGCCCACCUUUUCGCGGGGUGGCUACCGAUGUGGCACUCAUCCGCCGUUGUGAGUCACUUCCCCCGUUUCUCUGUAGUCUCUCCACGAACAAUUUCCUGACUCUGAGCUCAUCUUACUUGCGUGUCGGUGGCCUUUCUUCUUGCGUACUCUCCCUGGGCCGUCCUCACUGUCGGAUCCUCUCCCGCUUGGCGUUUCGCCCGGAUCCUAGCUGCACCCGUGUUGCCGGCGGCGGCCACAGAGUCGAAUCAUUUUACUUUUUCCGCAUCCUUUUUCGUAAGACCGGCUGACGUUUGGUAGACUUCUCUUACGACUGAUCGUGUCUUCCCCCAUUUCCCCGAACGGGUUCGCUCUUGGCUCUGCGUAGCUGUCGUCGACAGCCGUGCAAAGUGGUGACUCCAUGCUCAGAUCGCUUCCUUCCGCUCUUUGGGCAUCUUUGCGUAUUGCUAAACCCUCACGUUUUCGGGUUCUCUUGUUUUCCCGGCGCGCGGGAGCACGUGUUUUUUUUAUCAGGAAAACCCGUCGAGUAUCGGCAAGUGCCCGCCCGGCGGCUUGUCACCAGAUAACAUUUCCUGUUCUUUUUCGUCCCCUUUCUCCCACUUUUCUCCUGGUGCCUUUUCCCACGUUUCGACCCCUGCCUCAUAUUUUGUUCGCCUUCUUCCGUCCGGUCUCUCGUGCGCUGUUUCGUCUGCAUACGCUUCUGGAUGAGUGAACCCGCUGGCCUGCAGUGUAUACAACGUGUCUGAGCCGUCUUUUUCUUCAGACGGAGACCGCGUGGAAGGCUCCGUCCUCGGGUGAUGGCGACGGGCGAGAGUGUGCAUGGAAGAAGUCGGCGAGGGAUUGCGCGGAGCGUCUUUAUCAGCUGGAGCUGAGGCCUUUCUUCCCAAACCCAUGGCCACCAACGGGGCCAGGGCGCCCGAGGAGGAUGCUGGCGGAUCGAACUGCGUGUCUGAAAAAGCCGCUUCCUUUACCGCGGAAAACGUUUCUUUUCCGCAGUCGUUGUCCCGGCUGGACAGCUGCCGGUGCGUCACCAAUGCUGACGGCCACCACUUUCUCUUGUGUCAAGAAGAAGAAAACAUCGACAUUCUGCGACAGUCCUCCUCUUCGUUCUACCCCUCGAACCCGGAAGGCGUCUUCGUCCUCCACUCUCCACUCCCUCCGCGCCUCACAGAAACUGCAUGCACAUCGGCCUCUGACAAGUCCAGCGCUGGCCCCCGACGCGUGGUAGCUGUCUCCAUUCCGCUGGCGGUCAGCAAGUCUGAGCGCGAGGCCCGCGAGCUGCUCAAAACUCACCUGCCUGACUGGGAGGUCGCGUUGCAUGCGUUUCUCAAGAAGAACAGCAUCGAAGGCUCAGAAGUCCUCAACGAGAACCCCCGCGCCACAAUGUCGUCCGACCUCGACAGGCGCGCCGACGGCGCUGUGGACCCGGCUGCCACUGAAGCGCCUACACAUGCAAUUCCGUCUUCAGAUGCACCUGCGCCCUCCCCUCCAACGCCUCUGACAGACGAGACCCGCGCUGCGGGCAACGACGCAUGCAGCUCCGGGGCGCUUACUGGGGCCGCCGAACAGGCCACCAGUGGCUUUCCCUCACAGCCUCCGGCUUUGAUUCCCAAGGAGGAGCCUCGCGACGACGACCGCCCCGCCGCAGUCGCAGGCAACGGACCCCAGGCGGAGUCCGGCGCGGCGGCCACCGGCCCCGCCUCGCCCAUUGGCGGAGACUCGCCGGCCAGCGGCCCUCCUGCGGCCGCGCCUGCCGCGGCUCUUGCCGCGCCGGAGAAGACGCCGGGUGGGCGAGACGGCGCGCAAGUGUCUGCACACUCGAGCCUGGCCUCUCCAGGCUCCGCGGCGCCCAACGGCGCGCCAGCCAAGGCGCCGAGCCAGGCCUUCGCGGAGACAGGGCCGCAAGCGGCGGCGCAAGCGGCGGCGGGGGCACCCUCCCGCGCCCCGGCUCCGGCUGCGGCUCCGCAGAGACGCCCGACGCUCUUCAACCUCCUCGACGCACUCGCGCAUGACAGCGUGACGACGCCUGACCAGCGCAACUGCAUCCGGAGCGUCGUGACGGACUUCUUGAACCACAGCUUGCCGCAUGCAAAGGUCUACACGUUCAUUGGGGCGAUCGUCGGCCACGACGUCUUGCAUGCAAUGGUGCGAAAACUCGAGGAACAGCCGUCGCGGCUUGGCGCGCCCGACCAGGGCGGCUUGACCCGCAUUGAGAAGGCCUUCGGACUCACGAAAACCAGCGCCGCAGGCCCCGGGUCAGCUGGCCCCGCGGGAACUGGGCGUCUCGCGUCCAAGUGCGAAGAGGAAAGAAAGCACGGCGACGCCGAACAAGGAAACUACUUCCAGAGUGCACAGUCUCGAACGGGAGGCCGAGCUCACGCAGCCACCGGCCCCGGCGCUUCGGGCGCGGGAAAUGCGCAUGCAGAACGAGAUUCUUCGCUGGCGUCCGUCGCUCGGCAGGCAGCCUCUGCGGCGCCUUCGCAGAUCGACGGAGUGGCGCGCGUCGGUGGACAGCAGAGCCGCGAUGAGGUCGUGAAGGCGUUGCGGAGAAACUUGGAGGCGAGGCGCCAGGUGCACGGCUCCGUGGAUGUCUUCGACCGCGUCAAGUGGCUGCCGGUGCGGCGCGCGCUGACGCCUGUUCCCGUCUUUGGCCAUUCGCUGGUGACGUUCAGCAACACAGCUGUGCUGUUCGGCGGGAGCAAUACGGAAGGCGCCGUGAGUUUCCGUCAUGUCUUUGUGGUGAACACGAACGAUUUCUCAGUGCGAGGAUUUCCGAUGAGUGGAGAGCCUCCCUGCGAGCGCGACGGCCAUACCACCACGGGUCUCACCACAGCCGCGGGACCUGCCGUCAUUCUCUUCGGCGGCUGCAGUCAAGACGCCUUUCUCAACGACGUUUACACGCUCGAAGUCGAUCCGAAGAGAUGGGUGAGGCGCCACCCCGUAGGCAAGGCUCCCCAGCCUCGCGACCAACACGUAGCGGCGGUGUUCCCGGCGCGCACCGAGACGGGCAUCUGUCGAGAGAACAGCCAGGAAGUCCUUUCCGAGUUCCUCUUCAUCUUCGGAGGACGCAUUGGGUCUCCAGAGUCGUACCAAGCAACGAACGACAUGUGGACGCUGCACUUGGCGACCGACACCUGGGCGCAGGUGCUGCUCGAGGGUUCGCGCCUGCGGCCGCUGCCGCGCUUCGGCUGCUGCGGCGUUUGGUCGAACGACGUCUUUCUGACCCUUUUUGGAGGCGAGACGACGCACGCGCCAGGCUUCGGCCGCGAACCGACUGAGGAGAGCGACGAACGCAUGCAGCCGCGUCAUCUCCUCGAUGACAUGUGGCAUUUCAAAAUCCUCGACGUCGUCGGGGCAGGGCCUGAAGGCGCCCCCGCGCAUGUCCGCGGCGCGCAUGUCGUCGGCGAGUGGAUCCAAGAAAAAUUCGAAGACUCGGUGGCGCCGCGGUCUCACUACUCCGCGAUCUUCAUCACGCAGCGCUACCAAGAACCGCGAGCCGAGCCCCGGACUGUGGAGCGUUUGAUGCUGAUUACGAGCGGCUUGACGUACGAGGCGGACGCGCAGCGGUCUCCUGAAGGACUCUCUUCGAUUCCUCGCGCCGAGGCGAAGCGCGGAGAGGCGCGGCGCAAAGUUGUGGAGACAGACAGAAUCACGGUCUACUUUUUUACGCGAAAAAAAUGGUUCACUCUCAAACCCAGAUACCCGGCAGACUACGUUUACGACCUUUGCGGUGCCCGCCAGCGCCAUGUCGCCUGCUUCUUCGAGGCUCAGCCUCUGACUCAGCGCGCGCCGAGACCCCCGGUUCCAUGUCUGCUCAUCCACGGUGGAUUUCGAGGCAAACAGGUUUUGAAUGACGCCUGGGUGCUGUCUUUGACGGGAGAAGAUCCGUACCGCGGAGCGUUGUUUGCCAGUGUGAGCCGCCCUGCCUUCGCGUCUCCAGGUUUCGCGCCGUCGGGAGGCCUCUCCUCUUCGGCGCUGCAGCAGCAGCUGACGAUGGGGCGUUCGAUGCUUUCGCUGCGCAUGUACCCUUCGUACUAUAUUCGGGAAACACAUAGCCCAGGGAUGCUCUGGGCUCUCUGUGGACAGCAGAGGUGGGCAUUCGGCGCCAUUGCGCAGCUGGUGGAGAACUCGCUGUCGCCGGUGGUUGCGAGCAGAAACGUCUUUGUCUCCUGGGAAGAGUCCCCGGAAAAGGAACCGAUGCUCUGCAUUCAAGACGACGGCCAGGGCGUCGACUACCCCGCUAUGAAUGCUCUCCUCAGACUCUUCGGAACCUUCGAACCUGGAGACCGCAUGCGAAAGAGCUACGAGUACGGCGUCGGCUUUAAAAUCGCGUUCGGGCGUUUGUCUUCGAGCUGCGCCGUCAUGUCGCGCACACAAGGAACGAUCGGCGUCGGCAUGUUGUCCAUGGAAUUGAUGGGGCACUGUGACGCGCGAGAACUCGUUGCUCCUAUGUGCAUGUGGAGACUGCCGAACAAGGAACUGAUUAAUCGAGACCCAAACAACGCUGCGGACCACCGCCACCACCAGCGCCUUCUCAUGAGCUACACGCCGUUUACGACUCCGAAUUUGCUCGCCGAGCAGAUCAAUUUGUUGGGGACGGUUCCGGGGACGCGCUUGGUUUUCUGGGACUUGCGCGACGACCUCGACUUCCUCGUUUUCGAUCCGAAAGAAGAGACGCUGUUCCUGAACACAGCGCCCGCGUCUGGAGCGCAGAGAGCGCAGAGAGGCCUGCAUGCAGAGGGGGUGCGGCUUCCGGAAAAGCCGGACGAAGUGCCUGCGCCAAAGCCGCGGAAAGAAGACUUGACGCGUCCUCGCCUCCAACUCGAGGGCGGAGCUCCUGCAGGCGGCCCGGAACUCCUCGACCUCGACGAAGACGGCAAGCCUCUCCCUGGAAAGGAGACAGUGGAGAUGGAGACAGGCGUUUCCGGAGAGAACUCCGCGCAGAGAGACGGCACAUCCCCCGGCGCCGGUGCAGACUACCCGCGGGUGCAGCCCUCAGAGAAGGACGGGGAGGAAGGUGCAGAGAAGGUGGAGAAGAAGAGUGGGGAGAAGAUGGGGGAGGAGAAGACUGGUGAGGAAGGCGCAGAGCAGAUGGCGGAGAAGACGAACGAAGAGAAGAGCGGGGAGAAGAAGAGUGGACGCAUGCAGGGAGGCCUACCGCCUGUGUUCCCGCUGUGGACGUCAGCGAGACACUCUCUGGACUACUGCUUGCCGACGUAUCUCUUUUGGCUGCACCUCCAUUCCCCCGCGUUGCUUCACGUUCAGGGAAGGCCGCUGCUCCCGACUGCGGCGAGUUUCGCGAGGAAGAAGCCUGUCCAAGGCGAAGUCCGGGAGGAGAACGGAGAAACGCGAGUGGAGAAAGGCUGCGCUCUCGAGACGACCACCGCACAACAGAGCCUGGAGGAAGAGAAGGAGGCGAAACGCGACGAAGAAGAGAAGAAACGAGAAGGAAGAGACAAACACGAAGAACUCGCAGAAACUCCCGGACCUGGAAGAUCUCUCUACUUCUUCCUCAAAGAACGACUCUACUGCCAAGCGGAGCUGCAGUACCUCUUCACUCCCGCAGAUCACGCGACAGGCUGUUUCGCACUCUUCGGCUUUCUCAACGAUCCGUCUGCCCCUCUGCCCUCCGAGGAGACUGUCUCGUCUCGUGUGUGCGAAGCUGGCGUUCUCCUCUACUUUCGACAGAGACUCGUCAGGCGCCUUGACGCAGCCUUUCCGGACUUCCCGCGGGCCUUGAACGCUGCUCGCGACCCGCCGGAUGAUUCUCUUUUCGGAGGAAAAGAUGGGACUGCCUCAGCAGAAAUGUUCAAGUAUUGUCUCACCGCCGUCGUUCACGUUCCAGAGUGGAUGCUGCCGUCGAUGACAAAGCAGGACUUCCGACACGAGAACAAUUUGCCGUACAUGAAAUUCAAGAGCAGACUCUUGAAGCUGAUCGACGAGUACCUCCGUCGCUGCCGCAACCCUCAGGCCCUGCAAGCUUGGCUUGACGACAGAGCACGACGCCUUCGGGAGUACCACGAGGAGCUUCGCCGCUCGCGUCCAAAGAGAAGACUCGGAGAAGAAUUCACUGACGAAGAGAGGCCUCGACGCAGCCCAACUCCACCCGUGACGCACUCCAGUUCAGGAGCUCCGAUCUGGACGGGGGAGAGAGGUAGCGGGGCAGGCGCCUCUUUGCCGCCUGUCAAGCAGCGCGCAGUUUCGCGACCCACGGGAGGCCCAGGAGCUUGGCAGGAGACUCGCGAGGGCGACGAACGCAAAGAAGGCCUUGACGCGAAGGAAGACAGAACCGAGGAAGACCAAGGCACACUGGACGUCGAACGCAUGCAGCCUCAAGGCGAGCGCGAGGCUGGAAGCGAGGAGGCGUCGGGGACGGGAGGUUCGUCUGUGGCGGAUUCUGGGGAGAUGGUGGCGGAGACGGAGGAGCCUGUCACUGGCGGAGAGACUUCGGGAGCGGCUAGGACCAUGGAACCCAACGCAGUCGACGGCUCGAUGAGCGAGCAGCCGAUGGAGGAGGGUGUGAAGAGCGAGGGAGGCGCAGAGGUUGAUGGAGAAGCGAAGAUUGUGUGAUGGAAAGAAAAUGACACUGGGAGAGAUAUUUCAAGAACAUCCGAGAAACAGCUGGAGAGAGUCCGAUCUCAGAGCGAGAGACGCGCGAGACUCGAAGGAUCGACGCUGCAGGAACAUGGAAGGAAGGCUUGACGACGCCGCAAAGGUUCUUCAAGGUGCAGCGACAGAGACACCCGCGGAAUGAGGGUCUCGGGGGGAUGAAGAGAUUAUGGUCCGGUCGUCUUUUGAGAAACGUUCUAUUCUUGAGAGAUCGUUCACUUCCCCGUCUCUGCAUCUGUCGACUCGGGUGUAGUCUCUGACGUUGGAAAUCCGCCUUCUCUCGUGUUCGCUUUCCUUGCAAAUUCCUGCACAAAGAGAGUUUCGCAGGUUCCUAGACACAGAAAAGAAGCGAGGACCUGUGGAGGCGGUUCCCGCCUGUCUUGCACUUGCAAAUGCGCAGUGCAUGCAAGCCCCCCCUUUUCGAGAGAGGUGCUGUCUUUUUGUGUGAACUUGUUCUACAUCUAAACCGCUCUCUGUGCACAGCAGUUUUCGGACUUCUGCAUCCCAUUUCACAGAUCCAAAUAACGCA